AAAAUGCUUCUUUGGUCUUGUGUUUCAGGCCUUGGAGCCCACCACCCAGUCUCUCCAUGUCCGUAGCCAGCAAGCAUUUCUCUCAUCAUGAGUUCCGAAUUAAACGUGCCGGUGGAUCCUUCCACUCCUGCUUGCUGCUCUGAACCUGGCACAAAAGGCAUGGAUUAUCGGGACUGGGUCCGGCGCAGCUAUCUGGAAUUGGUCACAUCAAACCACCACUCCGUUCAAGCCCUUUCGUGGAGAAAAUUGUACCUGAGCCGAGCCAAACUGAAAGCUUCCAGCAGAACCUCUGCUCUGCUCUCUGGAUUUGCCAUGGUAGCCAUGGUGGAGGUGCAGCUGGAGGUGCAGUACAAGUACCCCCAGAUGCUGCUGAUUGCUUUCAGUGCCUGCACAACAGUGCUCGUGGCAGUUCAUCUCUUUGCCCUUCUCAUCAGCACCUGCAUUCUGCCUAACGUGGAAGCAGUGAGCAACAUCCACAACCUGAACUCCAUCAGUGAGUCCCCGCAUGAGCGCAUGCAUCCCUACAUCGAGCUGGCGUGGGGCUUCUCCACCGUCUUGGGGAUCCUCCUUUUCCUUGCGGAAGUCGUGCUUCUGUGCUGGAUAAAAUUUCUGCCUGUGGGCUCCAUCCUGAAAAAUGAGACCACCAACGUCGAGAAGCCCAGCAGCCAUGCGGGUUGGCAGUCAGCACUGGUCUCCACCAUCAUCAUGGUCCCAGUGGGUCUGAUUUUUGUCGUCUUCACCAUACACUUCUACCGUUCUUUGGUGCGGCACAAAACGGAGCGCCACAACCGAGAGAUCGAAGAGCUUCACAAACUGAAAGUGCAGUUAGACGGGCAUGACAGAGGCAUGCAGGUAGUGUGACAGAGAGGCAGAGGCUGCUUCCAGCAAAUCCGCUCAGCUAAGGCUAAGAGCAAGAUACCUGUUUUGCUAGUUGGUGAGACGCACCAGCGAUGGAUUGUCUUGAGGCUUAAAUAUGUAAAUGCUAAUUGCCUGCCAUAUAUAGCUGUGGGUUCUAGUGCUGUUUCAGAUGCUGGGGUCCCUGGCCUGUUUCUGGUCCUACACACUCGCGUACUUAGGUCAACACUGCCAUGGAGUUCAAGGUCAAAACUUUAUCUACCUUAACAUUGGUUCAGGUAGCCAAAAAUCUGUAUUUUUUACAAAUGCAAUAUUCGGUUGCCAAAAGUAAAACUGCAUCAGCUGUCCAAAAAGCUGGGGGGUGUGUGUAGGACCUGUCUUAGGUGUCAGAACUCCCUGGCUGUCAGUGCAGCAGCAAUUAACUGGCAGCUCGUUUCUAGAGCUGAGCUGCCUAACGAGGGUAUCUGCAGCUGACUUGAGGACAUCCAGGAAAGCACAAUAGAAACUGUGAGUGUUGAUCACCUCUGUUCCAAAGCAAGUGUUCCGUAAAUACAUAACCAGAAAGAAACCAGCCUUAGCUUUUAUGUUCUUUUCUUGCUAUUGCUUACUAUAUUUUUACAGCUGGGGAGGUAGAAUUUCGAGUUGGAGGAGGCUGGGAAGUUCUGUCGUACUUUCUUCAGCAGCAUCUGUCACUUUAGAUUGAAUGAAUGCCAAGAUCAUGUGUUUUUUCCCAAUAAGAGGCAAGAGUGCCCAGGGAAGGCUUACAGGUGUUUUAGUUUUAACAAGGACAUUCUUAAAACAGAACAGUGACAGGGAAUUUAAUGAGAAAAAACUUUGAAGGACUAGAAAAGGAAGGUUCAAGGAGGUAAGGAGUGACAGCAUAUAGCAUAUUGUAGAAAUCUGUCGUCGUGUCGUCUUCCUUUAUGUAUUGUUGCAAUGUCUUUGCCUGGUUUGCUGGAGAGAACAAACCCCAGCCCUGUGUAUUUCAUCAGUUGUUUGAGGUUUUUUUUGUCAGCUGUAGCAUUUGUCUGUCAAAAACGAACGCUUCCUUCUCCCUCCACCAAAGCAGGCAAGUCCUCUGGUGGAACCUGGAGCUGUACUGGCGAGUCUGAUGGAGCCGGACCCGGCGAGAGAGCUGUGUGCCCAUUAAAGAGCUA